GGGCAGCUGGUCAGAAGCUGGUCAGCAGUAUGAGCGCUCCAGAGGAGACCGGCAGGAGAAGAUGGAACAGAAGAGCAUUAAGGAGGACAGGAAGAAAGAAUAAAGAAGCAGUUUUAUCACAAGAACAAGUUAUUCCUGUUCCUGAUCCCCCCUGCCAAGAAAACAUCACAUUACUGGAGUGUCCACUCCGUUUCUUUAACUGGAUGCCUGUACCGGACACAUCAGGACGUGCCAUGCCAUUUCGACAGAUCCCUAAAUGCCCAGCUGUGAAGCCAGUAUGUGAGCACUGCCUGUACCCGUGCCCUUCCGGCACCUGUACCAACCAAUCGUGCCAGGUGGUCUCUGUGCUGCAGACCUGUGAGCUGGUCACUGAUCCUGAGAGCGAUGUGUUCGGCUGCCCACAGUUCCGUGCCUGCCCCAAAUGUCACAGUCUAAUCAUGCACGUUGGAGGCUGUAAUUAUGUGGAGUGUGGCCAGUGUGAGCAUGAAUACUGUUUUAUUUGCCUGAGGAGCGCAGAUGAGUGUAAUGAUGAGGACUUUUUUCCGUGCUGUUCUUUAACACACCAGGCAGCAAGGCAGCGGUUCAGAACUUGAGAGGCAAGAGAGCUUUUUGUAAUCACUGGCACUUAUAGUGGCAUUAACGGUGUAUAACAUGCAUUAUGUACAAUAUGCAGCCCAUAAUAAUUAAUAGAUGGAUUAUGCCCGGGUUAUGCCCCAUUAAUUUUAGCUUAAAAUCCUACAUUUAAUUUAAAUC